GGGGUGGGGGUGAACAUAUGACUCAGUAACUUUGGAGCCGCGGUGUUUUCUCCCCUGCGAACCCGGGAGCCUCCCAGGCCCGCUCGGCAUGUAUUCGUCCCCGCUGUGCCUGACCCAGGAUGAGUUCCACCCGUUCAUCGAGGCCUUGCUGCCCCACGUUCGAGCCUUCGCCUACACUUGGUUCAACUUGCAGGCUCGGAAACGCAAAUACUUCAAGAAGCAUGAGAAGCGCAUGACGAAGGACGAGGAGCGGGCGGUGAAGGAUGAGCUGCUCGGGGAGAAGCCCGAGGUCAAGCAGAAGUGGGCGUCCCGGCUCCUGGCCAAGCUGCGCAAGGACAUCCGGCCCGAGUGCCGAGAGGACUUCGUCCUAGCCAUCACAGGCAAGAAGCCUCCGGGAUGCGUCCUCUCGAACCCUGACCAGAAGGGCAAGAUGAGGAGAAUCGACUGCCUGCGCCAGGCCGACAAGGUGUGGCGGCUCGACCUGGUCAUGGUCAUCCUCUUCAAGGGCAUCCCCCUGGAGAGCACCGAUGGGGAGCGGCUGGUCAAAGCCGCCCAGUGUGGCCACCCUGUGCUUUGUGUCCAGCCCCAUCACAUCAGUGUCUCAGUGAAGGAGCUCGACUUGUACCUGGCCUAUUUCAUCAGAGAGAGAGACUCAGAGCAGAGCAGCAGCCCCCGGGCAGGAAUGGGCUCUGACCAAGAAGACAGCAAGCCCAUCACACUGGACACCACAGACUUCCAGGAAAGCUUUGUUACAUCUGGGGUCUUCAGUGUCACCGAGCUCAUCCAAGUCUCCCGGACACCUGUGGUGACAGGCACGGGACCGAACUUCUCCCUGGGUGAGUUACAAGGGCACCUGGCCUAUGACCUGAAUCCUGCCAGCACGGGCAUGAGAAGAACACUGCCCAGCACCUCCUCCAGUGGGAGCAAACGACACAAAUCAGGCUCCCUGGAGGAAGACGUGGAUACGAGCCCCGGCGGGGAUUACUACACGUCACCCAACUCCCCGACGAGUAGCAGCCGCAACUGGACGGAGGACAUGGAAGGGGGGAUCUCACCCACAGUGAAGAAGACUGAGAUGGACAAGUCCCCCUUCAAUAGCCCAUCGCCUCAGGACUCACCCCGCCUCUCCAGCUACACCCAACAUCACCGGCCUGUCAUCGCUGUGCACAGCGGUAUCGCCCGGAGCCCUCACCCCUCCUCCACGCUGCAUUUCCCAACCACCUCCAUUAUACCCCAGACGGCCUCCACCUACUUUCCCCACACUGCCAUCCGAUACCCGCCUCAUCUCAACCCCCAGGACCCCCUCAAAGAUCUCGUCUCCUUGGCCUGUGACCCAUCCAAUCAGCAGCCAGGACCGUUAAAUGGAAGUGGUCAAGUCAAAAUGCCCAGUCACUACCUUUCCACCCAGAUGCUGGCACCACCACCGCCCCCAGGCAUGCCCCGGCUGGCUCUCUCCCCUGACACCAAAUCUACCACCACAACUUCCGAGGGAGGAACCACAUCGCCGACUUCGCCCAUCCUGGUAUCUGGGAUAAACAAGAUUCUCCCCACACGUCCCUUCUCCUGUGUCUCGGGGCUAUCCCGGGGGGAGAAAGGCAGCCCCCCGGCCCACAUUUUCGGUGGAGAGCUAGUGCGAGUGAGGACGUCCUCCCAGCCACCCCCGCCAACAUCCAACCCAACAAAAACAAACAAACAAAAACACAACAAAAAGAGACAAACAAAAAACAAAGACGAAAACAAGAGGUAAGACAGAAAAGUCAGAGACUCUCUCCGAAGAGCGAGUGAGGUUCCGCGCCUGGCAGUCAGGAACAUCGUCGCCCUGUCCCCCAGCGACAGACACCCCGGCCAAGGGACAGGCCCCAUGCGUCCAACGGGCAUUGCCCAGACGUAGGGCCCCGGGGGGCAGCCUAUGCAAAACGGUAUCUUUCUAAUUUAUUCAUCUCCUCUCCACCUGCCACGACUGAAGAAAGGACCGGAUGCCCAGCCUGUCCCCCCACCCUGACCCCUGCACCCAUGCCCACUCCCAGGACAGAUGGCUGCUUGCUCCUGUUGGCAUUGGGCAGGUUGAGGUCAGUUCCCAUUGGCACCAGCGGCCAUCCCUCUGCCCAGGGAUGGGCAGAUUUUUUAAAAGUGCUUUGGGUUAGCUCCCAGACCCACUGUCCAGACUCCUUAACCAGAGAGGUGAGCGUAUCCCUAAGGCCCACUACAGAGGGGCAUCUUGAGGUAAAGGAACUGUAUCAGGUGCAUUCUCUUCCUCCCCAUCUGCCCUGACUGCAGACAAAUCAGCUGAUAGCCCCUUUCUGGGGCCAGAGGGCAGCAUUCCAAAGAGGCUGGUGCCCACAAUGCUUGCUAUUUGCCAAGGAGCAACUUCCCAUCUUCCCCAGCCUCCUGGGGAUCAAGGUGUCUGUCAUAAGUGGCAGACACACCCACAGGGCCCGAUGUUCUAUGUGUGCUGUGGAAGGGGUGAGGAGUGGAGAAAGGCAUAGUAGGGUAUCUCCUGGUGGUUCCAGACAUGUGGCGAUGGUGGCCGGGGAGAAAGUGGCUCUCAAAGAUGUUUGGGGCAUCUAGGUAAGGGUAGAAGCCACUGACAGUGUCAGAAGGUUGGUUGGAGUGGCACAGAAUGGGCAGGACUUGGUGGCACAGGGCCUCUUGGUGAGAAGAUUCAGCACAGUCCAAGCUAAAAAGAAAGGAGCCCCAAUCAAAUUCUUUUGCCCCAAAGGACUCAUUGAAAACAACUCAUGUCCUGUACCAUAUAUGGAGAUAUCUGAUUUAGCCUAAACUUUGUCCUGGACCCCCCUCCUCACUUCUGUAUUUCUGUCUGACUGGGACUUGUUCUUUCUUCACGCCUACCCCAUUCGGGAGAAAAGGUCUAUGCAAUCAGCCCCACUUGUCCCAUAGCUUGGUGCCCUGGAGCCUGCAGGGGACCUGGGAGCUGAAGGGACUGAGGAAAGAGGUGGUGCCCCAAAGCAUAAUGCCCUGGGGAUGAUGUUGUCCGCCAAGCCACCAGAAAACAUGCCCCUCACCUGCCUGCUGCGCCCAAGGCCUCCCAGAGUGGAGAGCUGGGGGGAGGGGUGCUAAUCACAGGUCCCCACCCUCUCGGACAAACUCUCCCAGUCAACUCCCUUCCCCACCCUAUUGACCUGGGCUGUGGAAUGGGCGCGAUUUAAGUGCCUGAAUCCUGGAUCGCUGCCCUCAGCUACUGCCCUCCCACACCCCCAACUCACACCAGGGCCAAGUGACCAUGGAUGGCCUAGAGGCAAGACAUGGGUGACCCUCUGCCCUCCAUGCCCACUCAAGGCACCUCCACCCUCCUUCUUUCCAACUCCUCAGAACCACCCCCCUUCCUGGGCCUUGCCGGUUCCCUGUGCAUCCUCACUGAGAUACCUCACCAAGGGCCACCAGGGGACCCUGGGGUCCCUGGUUUUUUACCCAUUGGUGUCUGGGCCUCAGGCCUCUCUGAUUUCCAGAGAUACAAGGACUCUCCCUAGGGAAGGAGGAAGAGGACACCUCCUUUCCCAGUGGCUCUUCCUCCCUGUUCAACAAGGUAUCUCUUUGGGUCUCAGACACCCUCAUCUCCUUACCUCUCCCCGCAGCCCAAGCCAGAGAGAUGGGAGACUGAAAGACAGAGUGGGCAUUUGCCCCUGCCAGCCAACCGCCCGUCUGGGACAGUGGAGAUUGGGGUCAAAGGGGUCAGGGAAACUGUCUCCUCUCCCCCAGUUCCCUACUGCCCCCUCUGCCAGUGCCUUAAAACCAAGAGUGAUGCCCUUCCCAUACCCAUGUCUCCUCCCCCUCAUGCCUUCUCUCCAGCUCAGCCCAGGCCAGGCCAGGGGGAACUGCCCCAUUGCACUUUUGUCUUCCCUUUUGGCUCUUGGGAGUAUGAGAUAGGUUGGAAAGGGAGAGGUCACUCAGUCCAGUCCCUUACUCUGUGGCUAAUUCCUGCGAGUAGAGAGGGAAGGGGGGAAUUGAAGGAGGUCCUAUAUCAAGGUCCAGAGCAGGCCAAGAUCUGGCAGAGAGGGAGAGACUGCCAAACCACAACUGGCAAGUAAGGCAGCAUCCCUGACUGGGUUUUCCCUCCUGCCCUUUGUACCUGGGCAACCCCUCCCAUCUGCUCCCCCCUUAAACACAUACACCCCAGCAGAGUGAGGAGUAGCUCAGGCCUGGGGUGGGCAAUCUGUUACGCAUUUCCGUUGAGCCGCUCUGAUAACACUAAGCUCAGGGAGCCAGCCCUAGGCCUCCCUCCUGCUCUCACCUCUGACCUGACCUCCCCCAGUCACCACCACUUCUGGGGUGCCCUUGGGCCCUGUGAGACCCAUGUCUCAACGUUCCAGACCUCCUUCCCACUGGUCUCGGAGGGGCCCCUUUCCCUGAAGGGGGCCUGAGCCAUCUGUGGGGCCCUGAGCCAAAGGGGCUCCUCCCCACCGCGGGGAUCUCGCUCUUGGCCCCAGAUCCCACUCUCCUUCUUUCUCUUCUCACCCACCCACUGCCACCUCCUCCAGAGAACAUACUUUCCUCUCAAACUGGCACCAAGGCGCGGCAAACCCAGUUGAUCCAAAAGAGAAAGACCAGAGUUUCCUAAGCUCCCUCCUCGAUUCCUCUCCCUACCCUGUGCCAUCCUUCUCAUCCUCUGCAGUUUCCCUAAUGGCAACUUUGUCACCCAGUGGCAGAAGGUGCGAUCCUCGUGCACUUAACCCUAUUGUCCUCCCCACCCCCCAAGAGGUCUCCAAGCCAUGGGAUGGGGUUGGCCUUUGGGACCUGAAGCGAGCCUCUCUCGGGGGUGGAUGGGUGAAGAAUGUGCGUGUGUGUGCGUGCGUGUGUGUGUGUAUGUGGGUGUGCAGGUGCUAGUGCGCACAUGUGUGUAUGUCUGUGUUGGGGGUGGGGUGGGCAUUGGAACCUUCGGUACAGGCAACCCUAGCUCCCUAGGGUUUUAGGGGUGGGGGUGGGAAAGGACCGCAUUCCAGGCGGGACCUUGCGGAACCAAGCUGGGCUAGCAAGAUGGCGGUCAAGGGGAGAACUCAAAGCUAAUAAAACUGCAUGGUGCUUAACCAGGAACUUGUGUGACCUAGCUCAAGCUGUCAGCUCGGAGCUGAUAAAUGCAUGGCAGACUAUAACUGGCUCUACCUUUCCCCCUCUCCACCUUCCCCUGCCCCAUCCUCUUUAAAAAAAAAAAAUUAUAUAAAAAAGUGAAAAAAAAUUCCAUGUUUCCUAAUUUGCACGAAAUUUUCUAUCACAUGAUGUGCCUUGCCUUCCAAGAAUAAGUAUUAACUUUCAACGGUAUCACCGCACAGAGAUAGCUGCAUGCUCUGCUCGUGUAGUUAAAAUAAAAUCAAAUAAAAAAUAAAAAUGGAAAAGGGGGAUGUACUUCUAUUUGUAAAAAACAAAA